CGAUCAAUGUCAACUUAACGUCAACAUCCAUCUCAAUACUCUAACUUUACUUACUUUUUGUGUUAAUUAACCAAGUGUUCAUUAACAUGGAGUUUUAUGCGAUAAUAUUACUUUUCUUAGGCAUUACAUUUUUCAUUAGAAUCUUAUGGGUUGUUUGUAAGGUACUCCGAUCGGAAUGCAACUUGGCAGUACAAAAAUCUUCAUUAAAAACAAUUGUUUGUAUUGGAUCAGGGGGUCAUACCACAGAAAUGCUAAGACUCAUACCGAAUCUGAACAAAAAUAAGUUUCUGCCGCGUUUAUAUAUUUUGGCUGACAGUGACGUGAGUAGUGAAAUUAAAAUACACAAAACCGAAAGCAGUGCUACAAGUUAUAAAUUAUGCCGUAUACCAAGAAGUAGAAAAGUAAAACAAACAUACUUAUCAUCAGUGUUUAGUACAUUGUAUGCGACGUUUUGCACUAUUCCGGUUAUUUAUGAAUUUAAACCUGAUGUGAUUUUAUGUAAUGGUCCAGGUACUUGCAUACCAGUAUGUGCUGUUGCCUUUUUAUUGAGAUGUUUGUUGUUAUUAGAUUGCAGAAUUGUUUUCAUUGAGAGUAUAUGUCGGGUAAGAACAUUGUCCUUAUCAGGAAAAAUCCUUCAGUAUUUUGCAGAUGUAUUCAUUGUACAAUGGCCACAAUUGCGAGAUGUUUGCUAUAGAGCUAUGUAUUUCGGUAGAUUAACAUAAGAUUAAGUGGUAUUUAAGUGCUCAUACAUGACUGUUUUGAAUGAAAAUAUAAAUAAAACAAUGUAAAUUC